AAAAAGAAUAUAAAAAUAUUCUCGAAUUCUCUUGAAAUUUAAAAGGGCAAUAUCAAGUCAAUUAACAAGUUUACAGUAACAAAGUGGUUAUUUGAACUUUAGUACUUGUAUAUAAUAUGAUUAAUUUAGACUUAAAUAAGAUUUUAAACUUUUUCAAAAAUUUAAACUCUUUCAUUUAUUUAGGACAGUUACACAGUUACUUGCUUUUACCAUUAAAGUGAAGAAAUAUAUUUAAUACGUUUCUAAAUCUCUGUCAGACAUAUCCAUGUUAUCUGAAAAAUAAAAUGUUCAUAUUGAUAGAGAUAAAGUGGUUAGUUAAAUUCACUAAGAUAACUUGACCAAUCUGAAAGUGAUCUUAAGGUGGGAAUAUGGAUGCAAUAUCGACAGUAGAUUAUUAGAAAAUAGUUUGCUCUUUCUCAUCAAGUCUCAGUAAGAGGAAGAGGACGAUUCGCAGCGAAUGUUGCAGCCUUGAUGACCGUGGAAAAAUUAAGCUGGAAGAGAAAACUUUCUCAUGACUCCAACGGCCGUCACCAGUCGAGCAAUUAGUUCGCUUUACGAUCAUGGAAUCUUAAAAAGUUUUCCACUUUUAAAACGAUUCGAGGAUCGUGCGAUUAUACAACAGUCACACCGGCGCCACCAUCGAUUUUUUUUCUUCUUCCGCCGAGGUUACACUCGAAGCAGUAAAAAUAAAUUUGACGAUUGUCCACUGUAACAUUUCAGCUUUUUGCGUUUCAUAAAUUUACACUUGAUAUCGGCGCUUUGGAAUUCACUCGACCGCUUUCUCCGUAAAGAAAGUGAAGUUGCAAGAAAGAAAGCAUCGAAAAACAAAAUAUCAUUCUACACGAAUGAAUGGAGGAAUAUCUUGACGCCCACUAUGGAGACAUGCAUAACGAUUUACGUCAUUCUUAUAGAAUCGCUCUUACUGAACAUGUUUGUGGCAUGUUCAUUGAUGAAUUUCUUUCUGAAUCAUGCCAAAAGAUGCAAUCCGUUCGAGAUGGAUGUCCUAAGCUAAGAGCCCAUCAUGCGGUUAUUUCGCAAUAUUUUUCGCACCACUUCCCACGAUCACCGAUGCGUAACUUCUUUCACAUUCUAUACGUUCAAUAGAAAAUUAUAAUGGAAAAUUUGUAAGGUUUGAUUAAUCAUUAGUAAAUUUCUUUUGUUGGAAUUGUUGCAAGAUAAACUAAUGAUCUAAAAGAUUGAUGUGUAAAAUUUUAAAAGUUACGAAAGAAAUAUUUAUUAUUUAUAAGUUGAUUGUUUAGAUAAAUGAUUGUUGGAAUGUGUGGCAUAUUAUUAGUAUUUAUUAUAUUAACAUUGUUAAAAUUUACAGAUACGAUUAUUUUCUAGAAUUUUAGAGAAAGAAUAUCUAAGAAUAAAAUAUGAGAAUUGAAAGAUGCUCCAAAGUGAGCAAUUUUAUUAAUUUUUUGAUGCAAAUGUAUGAUUAAUAAUAGUGGUUCAAAAUGAUUAUUAUUGUUAUUUCAUAUGUAAUUAUUAUUCAAGAUAAAUCUAAAAGCUUUACAUAUUGAUCGCUGGUUAAUGGUUUAUAUUUUUCUUCUUCCAAUUAAUCUUCAAAAAUAUAAGAUACUCAGGAGAAAGAGUAAUUUAUGAUUUUAAAUUUUAAAGAGGAUUGAAACAUUUAAAAAUUUAUUUAUUUUAACUUGAGAUAAAUGACAUAUCAAUUAAUUAUAAUUAAAAAUUCUAUUCGUGAAAGAUUAGUAAAUUUAAAAUUUUAAACAAUAAUAAAACCACCACAUUACGAUUGAAUUAAAGCAUCUCUUCGGCCGUGAAAGGGUUGAAAUAACAUCGUGCUCUGCCCUGACUGAUCUUGCUCGCUAAAUCACGAUAUAUAAUCGAUGGAAUGACUUCUUCAUGCUGCACCUUCGAGGCUAGAAGUCAACAGGCCUCGAAAGAUCAUUUGGAUCACAUUGAUCCGGAUUAAUGUCUUCUCACGGUGAAGUUAAAUGAAUUUCCGUAUUCCGAUGGAAUGAAGACUAGAUGAGAACUGGAAAAGGAUCAAGAAAUUGAAAGAUUGUUACUUGUAACACAGAAUAUCUUCCAAAUAUUAUGAAUCAAGAUUUCUAUUAAAACAAAGGAUUAAACAAUUCACAAAAUGGCAAGAAGUCAACAAAUUGAUGAUAUGAUUUAUGAAAGAAGAAAGUGGUGCAAGAUUCAUCUUAGCAAGAUCGAUCAUGAUAAGGUUCUCUAAGGCAAGUUUUCUUUUGAAAAAAAAAAAAACGAUACGUGAGUGAAAUUCUGAUCCUUUGGCUUUCUUCACAAUAUGUUUUAUCUUCAGAUAGCAAUAAUUUGUAUGGCAAUAGUCCAUGUAAUAUGCGAUCUACCACCUGGGACAAGACGUAAUACAUAUCUGCCUCCUGAACCAACUAAGGGUUACAAUUAUGAAACACCUUCGAUACCAUUUUUAAAAUCAACAACUCGACCUCCAUUUACUACACCACCCAGUCAUACAUAUCCUAAACCAACCACAAAAUUUCCAACAUCAAGACCUUCCAAUGGUUAUCCACCUCCCACUAAACCUACUCCGGAAUUUCCUGACUCAACCAGACCUACUGGAAGUACUAUACCAAAUAAUGGUGGUCACGACCAUCAUCAUCAUCACGAGCCAGGCAUGCCAUUUGACUUCAACUACGCGGUGAAGGAAGACGCCUUUGGAAACGAUUAUUCCCACAACGCGAUAAGCGACGGUGACAUCGUCCGCGGGGAGUACAGAGUUCAACUUCCUGAUGGAAGAUUGCAGAUUGUCCGCUAUACUGCCGAUUGGAAACAUGGGUUCAGCGCGCAGGUUUCCUACGAUGGAAAUCCACGUUUUGACGUCUCUCGACCGCCCGGCAAUUUUGCAGGCUAUUAAGUUAUUAAUGUCCAGUUUAUGGUUGCGAACCAUGUUAAAAUGUUUGUCUUGCGGUUUUUAUUGUUGGUUUCCACGCCUUUGUGUUGCCUCUACGCCUCCAUUGAGCGUUGGAUUGUUCGUUUUCAGCAUAUCGAGUCAAUCGUGCCAAAAAAGAAGUUAUUAGAUGCAUAAUUUUUUAAUAAUAUUAAUCAUUUUAAUAAUUUUUUUUUAAAUUUUUGCGAAUAUUUUUUAGUAAAGAAAAAACUUUUUGACCAAAUCUAAAAACCAAUCGAGAAAUAUAUUUAUUAUAUUUAUUAUUAUGAAUUUGAUUUUGUUUCUAUUAUAUUUUUCGGUAGAUUUACUUUGAUUAACUCAAUUUGUUGAACGAUAGCUGAUUGUGAGAUUAUUAUUCUUUAUCUUGUCCUUUUUUUGAGGUCGCUAGUGUCUUUAAAUAAUAGUUUCUAGGAAAAGCACCACUUAAGAUUUUUUUCUUAAGAGAAUUUUCAAAAAUUUUUUUUAAUGUUAAAUAAUGUAAUUUUAAUUUUAUUGAUAAUUUAUAAUAUCUUAAAUUAAAAAUUUUUAAUAGCUGGAAUGGAGAACAAUUCUGCAAAUUAUGAUACCUUUUUUAUGGUAUCUAUAAUUUUAUAUUAAAUUUUGUAAUAAAAUAUAAAUGAAAAAUAUUAUUUUUGCGACCAAAAAUGGUUCAAUACCAACUGGUACUUAUUCGAUAUCGUUAGCCAUCGCAAAAUCUAGAUCUAAGUAAAAAAAAGACCUUAGGCCAGAGUAUAUUUUAUAUUCUCUAAUUAUAGAUGUAUCCAAUGGACAUGGAUACACAUAUAGGAGAAAAAAAAUAAAAAAGUUUUCAUAAA